UUUCGGUUACGAAACUAAAAUAAUUGUGUUCUGUCAGCAGUGAGAUAAUUAUGCUAGCAAAUCAGAAAUAAUGUCUGAGGGUCAGGAUGCAAUAGUUGGGGGCACACAGGGACAAGUUUUAACAAUAAAUAACAAUGUUAAAGAGUUGCGAAUUGGUGAUAAGCCGAAGGAGGAUACUGGUGACUGCUUAAACAACACACCUGGACACGCUUCAUUGAACGAAAUACAGAAUAAAGAUGCUGCAACUGAAACGGAUACGCAACCAGUUGCUACAAUGGAGCAUCGUUCAUAUAACAACAGUGACGCUUCAAUGAGCAUGCUUUAACCCUGACAACUUGACUGAUGACACUGCGUCCGAUAGUCCGUCCGCGGAUGUAAUGUUGUCUUCAGAAACUUCCGGAAGGAUGUACGAAACAGAUGAUAUUGUGCUCGAUGAUGAAGAUUUGUCGUCCAUAGCACGAUCAAACUCUGUGGAUUAUUUGAAAGAAAAAGCGAUUGUUAUGCUGCAACAAGAACUUGAAAGUGCUAAAAAGGAAUUAGAGGUAAAGGAUGAAAAAUGUAAAGAAUUGAGCGGCGUUCGCUCGAAAGUCGAAGCGGAAUUAGAAGAACUGACAGCUAGUUUGUUUGAGGAAGCGCAUAAAAUGGUUCACGAUGCGAAUAUGAAGCAAUUUGUGGCUGAGAAGAGACUCAAUGCUGCAAUAGGAGAGAUAGAAGCACUCCGAACUGAGGUAUCGGCUUUGAAAUCUCUGGUUCUGACUUCAACGCCGAGCAAUCCGAACCCACAAUCUCAUCCGCAGUUGAUAAAAAAGAAAAAGGACCUUUUAAGUUCGCCACUUCGUAAACAUCGUAGAAACCGUAGCGACGCCGACAUGAAGCCUCCGACCCCAACAGAGGAUAAGAAAGAUCAGAAGAUCGUUAAAAUGGGAAAAGAGGUUGACUCUGUCUUGAUGUCCCAUCUGAAUAGCUGGUUGCAAGUAUCGUCAUUUGCCCCGCCCACAGCUGUCAAUCAUGUUCAAUCCAACCAAUCAGGAAGCAUCGAUCAAAAUAUAGACUCUGGAGCUUCGCCCACAGCUGUCAAUCAUACCAAAAUCAACCAAUCAGAAAUCACCUCUGUGACAAAUCCUAAUUCACAAAUUGAUGAACCUCAUUAUGACACAACAGAAUAUGAGACAAUGGCACCUAUGAUGCCACAAUUGAUCCAAAGGAUAGAAGCAGAAGACAUAAAACCUUGUUUAACGUUUUCUCAAUCUUCUCUCGCCGAUAAAGUUUUAUCCAAUGUUCACAAUAAUACUUUGAUGAUAGAGCCGAUUUCAAAGCCAGCCAUACAAAAGUGCGCGUUAUCUGGUGCAGUAAUUUGUUGCAAACACAGGAUAAAAUGUGGCAACAGUGAAAUGUGGUUCCCUAUCUCACAAUCAUGCAGAACCAGGAUUGCCAGCGUCUGUGACUUCCUUGCCUACAUAAGUUACAUAAAGAAAGGUUUAGUUAAACAUUCAAAGGAUCAGAUUUACUGGGAGAUUAACAGACUUCGACGAGAAAUGUCGCUCGCUAAGCUCGGAUAUUAUAAAGAAGAAUGAAGGAACACUUGCCUUGCUAAAUUUUAAACAUUCAGGGUUAUAAGUUAUAACCCCGUGCCCACUACCUCCCCAGAGUAUAAAAAAAUAGAUUAAAUCGUUUCCACAAAUAUAAACACCAAAUAUAUAGGGUGUCCAUUUUUUUUUAAUUGCAAAGGGAAUUUAUUGAUACUAUAUAUUGUUUUGGCCCACACAGAUAUAUUAAAUGAAGUGAAAAUACUUAAACAAUUACUGAUUAAAAAACAACAAACCUGGUUUAGAUAUAUCAAGAACUGACUUUGUGACAAAAUUGAAAUUGUAAAGGUAUUACGUAUCGGUGGCUCAUUUAAAGACUUUGUAAAAACCACCUCAAACUUUUUCCCAAAAAUUUCCAAAUAAAUCAGGAAGCUGAACAAAUCUCACUAAGUUGUUCAUGGCAUAUUAUACUAAAACUGAGCAAGCACUUUCAGCCGUGAAUAUGCAAAGAGCUGUAUUUCAAAUAUAUCGAAAUCUUUUCGGUAUGGCAUUGCACGGUUUUUGAAAGCGGGAUAUGGUGACCGGCAGUGCUGACAUAGACUAGGCAUAGGCCACGCCACCCCUUCCAUUUUAUUUUAAUAAUUGAAUGUUGCAAGUGACAUAAAUAAAGCAGGGGGGGACAAAUUACGGUCCACGAACUGCAUCAGGCCCACUUGUGCCUGCUGAGAUUACGACCAUAGUUUUUAUGAAUGUAAAUUUCUCCUGCAACAAACACCAAUUGCAUUAAUCAGUGAAACAAGCAGGUAGGCGAUUGGUUAUCGACGCUAGUUGUUGGCAAAUAAACUGUUUUCUAUUCAUAGUUCCAUAUCCGGUCUUGAUCCUCUGGCCCAGUAACCAAGUCUAUUAUCUUUAACUGGCCCAUUUAGAAAAGUAAUUGCCCACCCAUGAUAUGAAGUAUGGUAUUUCAGAAUUCUAUCUUGCGAUUCAUUUCAAUUUUCAAUAUCCAGAAUGUUUUUUGUUGCACAAGUCAUAUUUGUGUUUUUGUGGAAGAAUCGAUAAUUGGAGUGCUUGUAUAAAACAUCAUACUAUAAACAUGAAUUUCGCUGGUAAUGCAAAAUCUCAGAUAGCUUCAUCUUCCAUGUCUGCACUACAUUGCUUAUGCUGGUUUAAAAUUACUUGCACACAGUUAAUUUGUCAACUCUAUAAAUUUUCGCUCCAAAAAUGAAAAAUGAUGAUUUCUUAGUCUCUAAAUUUACCUGCGAAAGUGCCUCGCAGUUUUGGCAAAAUAAUGCUCGAAUAGUGAACACUGGCCAUUAGUCAUACCCUGAAAUCCUAUUUCACAGUAAAAUUUGAGAUUAACUAGAACAUUAUCUGACAAAUAUUUCAUUUCCCGAAAGUUUGUAUUUCGACCAUUACCUUGAACACACCAUUCAAUCUCAUUAUCUAAGAAUAGUUCACUUGAAAGUCAAUUUCCCUAAAAGACUUCGACUUUCGUUAGAUGCAGUCUGACACCUAUUUUUUCAUUGUGUUACCUAUGCCAGUGGUUCUCCUAAAACUUUUAGGCCGCGCCCACUUUUUAGAAUUUGUCAAGUCUCGCGCCCGACCUCAAAAAUAAUUAGCUAACAAUAAGCUACAAAUAACAGAUAGUAAGGCAAAAGUAUGUUUUAUUCAAAAAACAGGUUGAAAAUUUGUUGAUGGAAUCGUAAAAAUAUUCAAAAUAAGGUGGGUAAGAUAAAAUCUAACAAAUAUUCUUUUUUUUUCAAAUACCCCCCCCCCCCCACCCACAAAAAUUUUUCUACGCUCACCUUGUGAGGUGCGCCACACCGUUGGUGAACCACUGAUCUAACGAAAGGGAGUAAAUUGUAGUACUGUAUAUCUUUACAUGUAGCAAAUGCACUCUUGCCUGUAAAAAUUUAGCAAUUUCACCCAUCUGUGUUCUAAAAAUGCAGUUAUUUUAAUUUUUUCCUCAGUCCCACCAAGACAAAAUUCAAUCCUGACAACCAUUAAAAGGCUUUAUUAGCUGUAUUACUCCAGAAUUUUUUGGAAUCAUUUUUCAUAUAUAUCCACAAGACUUGUGUACUAAGACAGGCCCAUGGGCCAAAUGUGGUCCUCAAGAAAAAAUUGUGCGGCCCGCGAAGAAGUGCCAAUUUUGAAUAAUGUGCAAAUGUAACGAUUUUUAAUUUAUUUUGGUACAGGCCAGUAAUUCCCUUUGUGUUGCCAUAGUCCAGUUUAUUAUCUAUGCCCAUGACUUUACAAUUCUUAAACAGCUAGCUAGCAAACAACGCAUGCCACUAGGUCAAUAACCAACUACUAGAUAGGCUAUGUUAGAUUAAGGUGCGGCCUGCGUCUUCAUCCAGUUAUUUCUAUUUGGCCCCCCUGUAUUAAAGGUUGCACACCCCCUGUACUAAGACAGCAAUUUUGACCAUCUGACUUCUGAAAAUACAGUUUUACUCAUAGUCAGACAAAAACCAUCCUAUUACUUACAUGAGGAAGCUUUUUUUUAACUCAUUCUAGGCAUAAUGUCAUAUUUUUCAGACUGGUUUCACAAUUUACUGGGAGGACAUUUUUCAUUCAUUUACAACAAAUGAAAACAAAAUAAUAUUAUUUGUAGCAAAUACUUUCGACAGUUUUCCUGACACCUAUUCUUUCUUUCAUGUUCAACUAUGAGCAAUAGGAAGCUACAACAAAUUAUUUUUAUAUGAAGAAAAUCUACACAGAAAAAAUCCAAUUUAAACUUAAUUUCUAGUACAGUGGUUCUCAAACUUUUUAACCCCCCAUUUUUUUGGAAUUUGCCAAGUCUCGCACCCCACCUCAAAAAUACCGGCCCACAAUAAUCUUUAAAUAACAGAUAGUAAAGCGAAAGUAUGUUUUAUUCGAAAACAUGUUGAAAAUAUGUGGGAUGUAAAUAUGCAGAAUUUCAGAAUUUUCUGGGAGAAAUUAUUCACAAUAACGGCAAUGAAAAGCAAAUAUACUAUUUUUUACUAAACUCGUGUGUCAAAACGUGGCAAUUUGGACAAUGCGCUUCAUAAAAAAGCAGUUAUCCUGGUAUUUCACCAUUCUUCUAUACUCAGACAAAUACCCACCCUAGCCUCGAUUAAAAAGCUCUUUAAAUUGAUUAUUUAUAUGUCAUAUUUCCCAGACCUGUUUCUUGUUUUCCAAGGGUUGUUUUUAUUUUCAGGCAAAUUUAUUUCUAAAUAGCAAAUAAGUAAUAUCUUUUGAAUUCAAAAUGCAGUUUAUCUCAUAUUUAACCAUUAGAACGGCACACCAAAAACAAUUUUUUUCUUUGUUAGCAAAUAAGCAAGGCUUGCCUUAAAAGAGUAACAGUUCUGACUGUGUGUAUUCUAAAAAUGCAGUUAUGUGAAAAAAUCUAACCCUAACAUCAAUUAAGCCUUUUUUUCAACUCAAUCGUGUUGAAUGAAUAUCAACGUUUUAUGGAUAUCUUUUGAAAUUUUCGGGCAUCAUUCGUAUUUUCCUGCGGCAAAUUUAUUUCUAUACGCAUGGCUUCUUUGUUGAAACGUAGCAAUUUUAAUCGCCUCUUCUCUGAAAUGCAGUUUUUUUAUGAUACAUGGUAUUCCCAUAUUUAAUUAUAAGCAACAGAAAGCGAAACAAUUUUUGUUUAUAUGUAGCAAAUACACAAGACUUGUCUGUAAAAAUGUAGCAAAGUUACUGAUUUUUUUUAUAUAAAUAUUGAGAUUCAUUUAAAUGUGCAAAAUUUUUAAACUUAUAUCAUAUAUAUUGCAGAGUUGUUGAAAUUAUUACGUACUAUCAAAAAGAGUAAAUUUAACUUUAUUAAUAUUUCUUUUAUGUAUCGAGUGUCGUAUUGCUUUACUAAAUUCUCGAUGUGGGGUUGUGAUAAAAUGUUUUUUACCUGAUUAUACCUAUUCCAUCUUAUCUAUUUUAAAAUUCCAGUGCUCUGAAGCAGUGAUCCCCCUUUUAUGGCUCAUGUGGCCCGCUUCUGGAGACUUGGGCCCUCUUGUUUAUCAUCCAGUUGUAUUCAUAAUGUUAUUUUGAGUGGUAGAUUCCAAAUCCCAUUAUGUUCAAACAAUUCAUGUAUACUAUAAAGAAGAUAUUUUUUCCUUUUCAAGUGUCUUAUUCAGGCCUGUGGAGCCGAAAAUUUUUUCUCCAAUCCUGAGACAUUUAAAAAGCGACUCCAGACUGACCAAUUUUUUUGGAGAUUUUGACUUCAUGUUUAUGUAAGAAACAUACUGUGUUUAUCGGUCCUUUUUUUCAAAAAUCGAUCACACGCCAUCGAUCGAUCAUAAGCUGAUGUGCCAAAUGUAUGGAUCAGGUAGUGCUUUAUUGCCUAUAGCAGGGCUACUCAACUAUUUUUACCCAAGAUCCGCAUACAAAACUUUAAAAUUAUUUGGGUCCGUUUUUUCCAGAAAUUAUAUUUCGGCA